AUCCGCUCUGGUGUUCGCAGGCCCAGUGGUGACGGCAGAAGCCGGCUCGACUGUGAGUCUCCCCUGCAACCUGACGGGGCCAAGCCUGAGCUGGCGGUGGAUCCCGCGGUACCCGGUCUGCGCUGGUGUGAGCGGUGGGAUACAGACGAUCUACACAGCGAUGGCGGGUGGGGCACACGAUGCUCCGGAGGGGAGAUUUCAGAAGCGGCUGCGUCUCCUAACGAGUCAGGGAACCCGAACCUCCGUCCUCGAAGUCCAAACCCUCCACAUGAGCGACUCGGGGACCUUCUUCUGUGCCAGCCCCAGGCAGAACACCACGCCAAUCUCCGUCACCAUCACACCCGGCUGCCCGGCCGGGGCAUCCAUCGCCGCGGUCCCCAAGGAGCCGGUCGGGGAGGGAGCGUCUGUGUCCCUCUCCUGUACCCCCUGUGGGGCGCAGGGACCCACGUCACCCCCAGCAGGGGGCGCCACGUGGCUACUUAAUGGGAAGCCGCCACCAGACUCCACAGCCCUUCGGAUCCGGAGGUCUAACAAGGUGACGAUAGAGAAUUUCUCCAGCCGGUGGGAGGGUCUGUGGAGCUGCCGCCUGCCUGGGGAUCCCCCCCUGGUCUGGGGACUACUGCCUGGAGCGCGACCCGGGGGCGCAUGGGACCCAGCAGAGCACCAGCCCCACCCCCACCAGUUCAGGUGGCUGCAUCUCAGCACCGGGUUUGUGGCCGCUACAAACUUCUUUCUUACGUCGCAGGCUCCCCGCCCGACAGCGGCUGGGGGAUGA